AUGCGCACAUGCAAAACCAUUCAAACUGAAAAAAGGGUUUCAUGUAAAAUGUGUAAAGUAUUGCAUAAGUUAGGUUCUUUACUUAAAACCUCAAAACCUAUAAAUAAAUUUGAAAUUAGUUUUUUGAUGACUCUAGUAAGUAAAAAAAUAUAUUGGAGAAUUAGUGUAGUGCCUCAGGCCAAUAAUGAAUCUGCAAUGGACUAUACAAGUGUCAAGCACCAUUUACAGAUAACAUGGUCAACGUUUGAAAGAGACUUCCCAAACAAAGUUCUUAGGAAAGUGUGCAUGAAACAAAUGGAUAGAUAUGGAUUGGAUGGAAGUAUUACAGCAACACUGCUUAGAGCGUAA